UCUUUCCUAGAUAAAACACGAUAAUGAAUUAUGGUAAAUGUUAAUUGGAUUAUAUAAAAAGCGAGAGAAAGCUUCCACGAUCUCAUUCUUGCUUGGGGGCUUGUAUGGAAAAUCAUCAAAAAGGAAUUCUUACACUUGGCCAUGAGGAUCAACGUGCUGGUUGGGUUGACAGCUCUGCUGUUCACGUGCACCAGAUGCGAGGAAAUACAGGAGGGCAAGGUGAUUCAAGAAGAUGAUAUUCAAAAAGACGAUCAAAUUUGGAAAAGAGGUCUUACGUUCUUCGGAGGAACGGACUGGGAGAAAGGAAUGAAGUGGUGUUACCACAAACGAAGUCAACUCUUUACUGGCGACUUCAACGGAGACGGAAAAGCAGACAUGCUCUGUCAUGACAACACGGGGUACAAAUGGGUGGCUCUAGCGAACUCCAAAGGUCAGUUUACUGGCACUUCCUGGGAAAAGAAAAUGGGCUGGUGCUACCAUAAGGGCGCGCAACUUUUCACCGGUGACUUCAACGGAGACGGAAGAACCGACAUUCUUUGCCAUGAUCGUGCCGGUUACAAGUGGGUUGCCCUGGCCAACUCUGCCGGACAGUUUACAGGAACUUCCUGGCAUAAAGCAAUGGGAUGGUGCAGCCAUAGCGGGGCUAAACUUCUCAUCGGAGACUUCAAUGGAGAUGGCCGCGACGACAUGCUCUGCUACGACAACAAUAGGAAAUGGGUAUCCCUCGCACAGCCUGGCGGUAGUUUCAAAGGAACAAGCUGGGAAAAGGCUGGUGGUUGGUGCAGUCACUCCGGAUCCAGCAUCUACGUAGGCGACUUCAACGGAGACAAACGCGAUGAUCUGAUGUGCCACGACACAGCUGGGAAAAACUGGGUUAUGCUUGCUCAGGCCGGAGGCUCAUUUUCAGGAUCAUCCUCUUGGCAUGGGACAGGCUGGUGUGGUCACAAAGGAAGCCAGUUCUUCAUCGGGUACUUCAACGGUGACAGAAAAGCUGAUAUGCUGUGCCACGAUAUCAACAGCGGCCACAAGUGGAUCAGCGUCGCCAAACCACAAGUCAAAUCAAUGUUUACUGGAACUGACUGGGAAAAAGCUAUGAAUUGGUGCGGAAAGUCUGGCAAGCUCUACAAGGCUGAUUUCAAUGGAGACGGUGAAGAUGAUUUGCUCUGCCAUCGUUACAGUGACGGCUACAAGUGGAUCUCCUACAACCGCUAUCCGACUAAAUCUCCAUGCUCACCAAAUCCCUGUGAAAACGGCGGCAAAUGUGCCGAUGAUCGCGGUCAAGAUUCCGGUUAUCGAUGCGUAUGUCGCAGUGGCUUCUCUGGUGCUCGUUGUCAGUCAGAUAUAAACGAAUGCAAAAAUAAUCCUUGUCAAAACGGCGGAGACUGUGUCAACAAACACGGGAGUCACUUGUGCAACUGCAAACUUGGAUGGACCGGCAAGAACUGCGAGAAAGCCAAACCCUUUUUCGUCGGUACUGACUGGGAGAAAGGAAUGAAGUGGUGUUACCACAAAGGAAGUCAACUCUUCACUGGCGACUUCAACGGAGACGGAAAAGCUGACAUGCUCUGUCAUGACAACACGGGGUACAAAUGGGUGGCUCUAGCGAACUCCAAAGGUCAGUUUACUGGCACUUCCUGGGAAAAGAAAAUGGGCUGGUGCUACCAUAAGGGCGCGCAACUUUUCACCGGUGACUUCAACGGAGACGGAAGAACCGACAUUCUUUGCCAUGAUCGUGCCGGUUACAAGUGGGUUGCCCUGGCCAACUCUGCCGGACAGUUUACAGGAACUUCCUGGCAUAAAGCAAUGGGAUGGUGCAGCCAUAGCGGGGCUAAACUUCUCAUCGGAGACUUCAAUGGAGAUGGCCGCGACGACAUGCUCUGCUACGACAACAAUAGGAAGUGGGUAUCCCUCGCACAGCCUGGCGGUAGUUUCAAAGGAACAAGCUGGGAAAAGGCUGGUGGUUGGUGCAGUCACUCCGGAUCCAGCAUCUACGUAGGCGACUUCAACGGAGACAAACGCGAUGAUUUGAUGUGCCACGACACAGCUGGGAAAAGCUGGGUUAUGCUUGCUCAGGCCGGAGGCUCGUUUUCAGGAUCAUCCUCUUGGCAUGGGACAGGCUGGUGUGGUCACAAAGGAAGCCAGUUCUUCAUCGGGUACUUCAACGGUGACAGAAAAGCUGAUAUGCUGUGCCACGAUAUCAACAGCGGCCACAAGUGGAUCAGCGUCGCCAAACCACAAGUCAAAUCAAUGUUUACUGGAACUGACUGGGAAAAAGCUAUGAAUUGGUGCGGAAAGUCUGGCAAGCUCUACAAGGCUGAUUUCAAUGGAGACGGUGAAGAUGAUUUGCUCUGCCAUCGUUACAGUGACGGCUACAAGUGGAUCUCCUACAACCGCUAUCCGACUAAAUCUCCAUGCUCACCAAAUCCCUGUGAAAACGGCGGAAUAUGUGCCGAUGAUCGCGGUCAAGCUUCCGGUUAUCGAUGCGUAUGUCGCAGUGGCUUCUCUGGUGCUCGUUGUCAGUCAGAUAUAAACGAAUGCAAAAAGAAUCCUUGUCAAAACGGCGGAGACUGUGUCAACAAACACGGGAGUCACUUGUGCAACUGCAAACUUGGAUGGACCGGCAAGAACUGCGAGAAAGCCAAACCCUUUUUCGUCGGUACUGACUGGGAGAAAGGAAUGAAGUGGUGUUACCACAAAGGAAGUCAACUCUUUACUGGCGACUUCAACGGAGACGGAAAAGCUGACAUGCUCUGUCAUGACAACACGGGGUACAAAUGGGUGGCUCUAGCGAACUCCAAAGGUCAGUUUACUGGCACUUCCUGGGAAAAGAAAAUGGGCUGGUGCUACCAUAAGGGCGCGCAACUUUUCACCGGUGACUUCAACGGAGACGGAAGAACCGACAUUCUUUGCCAUGAUCGUGCCGGUUACAAGUGGGUUGCCCUGGCCAACUCUGCCGGACAGUUUACAGGAACUUCCUGGCAUAAAGCAAUGGGAUGGUGCAGCCAUAGCGGGGCUAAACUUCUCAUCGGAGACUUCAAUGGAGAUGGCCGCGACGACAUGCUCUGCUACGACAACAAUAGGAAGUGGGUAUCCCUCGCACAGCCUGGCGGUAGUUUCAAAGGAACAAGCUGGGAAAAGGCUGGUGGUUGGUGCAGUCACUCCGGAUCCAGCAUCUACGUAGGCGACUUCAACGGAGACAAACGCGAUGAUCUGAUGUGCCACGACACAGCUGGGAAAAGCUGGGUUAUGCUUGCUCAGGCCGGAGGCUCAUUUUCAGGAUCAUCCUCUUGGCAUGGGACAGGCUGGUGUGGUCACAAAGGAAGCCAGUUCUUCAUCGGGUACUUCAACGGUGACAGAAAAGCUGAUAUGCUGUGCCACGAUAUCAACAGCGGCCACAAGUGGAUCAGCGUCGCCAAACCACAAGUCAAAUCAAUGUUUACUGGAACUGACUGGGAAAAAGCUAUGAAUUGGUGCGGAAAGUCUGGCAAGCUCUACAAGGCUGAUUUCAAUGGAGACGGUGAAGAUGAUUUGCUCUGCCAUCGUUACAGUGACGGCUACAAGUGGAUCUCCUACAACCGCUAUCCGACUAAAUCUCCAUGCUCACCAAAUCCCUGUGAAAACGGCGGCAAAUGUGCCGAUGAUCUCGGUCAAGAUUCCGGUUAUCGAUGCGUAUGUCGCAGUGGCUUCUCUGGUGCUCGUUGUCAGUCAGAUAUAAACGAAUGCAAAAAGAAUCCUUGUCAAAACGGCGGAGACUGUGUCAACAAACACGGGAGUCACUUGUGCAACUGCAAACUUGGAUGGACCGGCAAGAACUGCGAGGAAGACGUGAAUGAAUGCGCUUCAAGCAACCCUUGCAAGAAUGGUGGGGUGUGUACAAACACUCCCGGUGGAUUCAGCUGUAAAUGUGCAUCGGGAUAUACAGGAAAGGAAUGCAAAAAAGACGUGAAUGAAUGCGCUUCAAGCAACCCAUGUAAAAAUGGUGGGGUGUGUACCAACAGUCCCGGUGGAUACAGCUGUAAAUGUGCAUCGGGUUAUACCGGCAAGAACUGCGAAAAAGAUGUGAAUGAAUGCGCUUCAAGCAACCCAUGUAAAAAUGGUGGGGUGUGUACCAACAGUCCCGGUGGAUACAGCUGUAAAUGUGCAUCGGGUUAUACCGGCAAGAACUGCAAAAAAGAUGUGAAUGAAUGCGCUUCAAGCAACCCAUGUAAAAAUGGUGGGGUGUGUACCAACAGUCCCGGUGGAUACAGCUGUAAAUGUGCAUCGGGUUAUACCGGCAAGAACUGCGAAAAAGAUGUGAAUGAAUGCGCUUCAAGCAACCCAUGUAAAAAUGGUGGGGUGUGUGCCAACAGUCCCGGUAGAUACAGCUGUGAAUGUGCAUCGGGUUAUACCGGCAAGAACUGCGAAAUAGACGUGAAUGAAUGCGCUUCAAGCAACCCAUGUAAAAAUGGUGGGGUGUGUACCAACAGUCCCGGUGGGUACAGCUGUAAAUGUGCAUCGGGUUAUACCGGAAAGAACUGCGAAAAAGAUGAAGACAAGUGCAAGGUAUCCCCUUGUCAGAACGGCGGAAAGUGUAUUAACUCGGACGAUGGUUAUUCAUGCGAGUGCAAAGGAGGAUAUAGUGGCAAACACUGUGAGACAGAGCCAGAGUCGCCCGGAAAGACCAAGUAUGCGUCGUUGGGGUGCUUUAAGGAUAACCACAAGAAAAAACGCCCGUUUCCAAAGAUGAUAGUGAAUCUGCGACCAGAAAUUAUUUGGACAGACAUGAAGACCAGUGUCGUUGACAAGUGCGCAAAGGCUGCAAAAGCUGAAGGCUUCAAGUACUUUGGCAUUCAAUUUCACGGCGAGUGCUAUAGUGGGCCGGACGCAGAAGUGAAGUACGAUAAAGACGGCAAAGCUCCUGAUAACAAAUGCUGGUCUGGAGUUGGAGGAGAGAAUGCAUUAUUCGUUUAUGAGCUUGACUAACAGGAAAACGACAGAAAGGAAAAAUGACUGCGUAAUGCAAUCUGGAGUAGCUGUAACUGUAAACAAAAUGCAUUAAAUACAUUCCUUCCUGUACUCCCUGUUGAACAAUAUGGUCAACCCAGGUUACUUGAGCUGGAAAUAAAGCACGAUAUAAUCAUUACAAAA